UUCACUAUUAACUAUUAUUAUACAUUAAUUGUACCAUAGUCCGUAGUUCGGAACUGAACAUAUCAAUAUUUCAGUUUUUAGUCAUCACUCAUCACGUAUUUGCUAUUUAGUAUUUAGAGAUGUUUAAGAAUGACAAAAAAUAUUGUUCUAAAUUUUAACUGUCAUAAAAAGUCAUAAUGUCUUAUACUAUAGACCACAUUAAAACUAGUCGAAUCCAUGAAUCGAAAAAUGCUCUUUAAAAUAAUAUUCUAUAGAACGCCACAAAAAUCAAUAAAUUAGUUAUUGACUUAUUUUCUAUUAAAAUUUCAAACUAAGAUACACAAUUUUUCUCUACAUAUCUGAAACAAUGGAAUUUUUUAAUUUUUUGGCAGACUGUUUAAAAAAAAUGAAAUCUGAUGACACAUUACCACGAGUUACAUCCCCACGCAUGUACAAUGAUGGCAAUAUUACAUUUGAAGGAUUAAUGGUUGUUUUUGCAUCAUUUUCCACAUAUUUGCAAUAUUUAAACAUUUAUAGAUCAGUUUGGUGGUUACCAAAUUCAAAUUACACUUUAUGGAAAAUACAUUUAAUUGAUUAUCAAGUGGUUAUAUUUAUACUGGCCAUGCAUUGUCGAAGAUUUAUAUAUUGCUUAAUAACAUGGGUUUUCCACAUGUUAUGUCCUCAAAAUUAUUGGAAAUUUAUAAGACUGUUCAUUAGAUUAUUUGUUUCAGUCACAUUAUUCCUUUUAUUAGCCCUAUUGGCAUUUGAUCUCUAUUUAAAGUAUGAUUAUUUAAUAAUAAUGUACUUAUUUAUGCCGAUAAUUGGUUAUUUAUGCUAUUAUGGUUUUAAAGCAUGUCCAUUUUUCGACAUGAUGUGUAUUAGUGAAAAAGAAAUAAUUAUCAAUGGAAAACCAUUAAUUCAAUAUACAAAUAUGCACAUAUGUACAUCAAACCCAAAAAUAAUUCGAUCAGAAGUGGAAAAUAUGAGAGAUGAUUUUAACAAUAGGCUAACCCAAAUACUGUUUUCUUCUUUUUUCUCAGCGUAUUAUGCAUGUUUUUUACCACUAGUAUUUGUACAAACUUAUGUUGUCUAUGAAGAACAUUGGGUGUUAAUGCAUUUUCCUUUUGUUAUGAUGACUAUGGGCAUGAUGCUAUGUAUUCAUUAUUAUCCUGUUAAGUAUUUUGAUCACUUACACAAAGCAGCAAUGCACUUGGGUCGUUGGAAGAGAGUAAAAUUAGAUCGGCCUCACCUGCCUAUACAUUUAUGGUCAGAAGAAGUGGUAUGGCAACAAGGAUCAUUGGUUCGUCAUAAUCAGUGUUUGUAUAAGGCUGAAGGAGUAUCGAAUGUGGCUGAACCAGGAAAAAAUGCUGAUAAAGUUUUUUAUAGAAUUUUCAGUAAUCCUUCAGAAACAGUAUUUUUUACAUUAGCUUCUAUGCAAGUAUCAUUUAUGAUAGUAUUAAUAAUAGCACUAGUUAUCAGUUUUCAAUGGCAUCAUAUAUUUUAUCUUUCAUUUGUAAUGUUAUUAAAUUAUGUUACAUUAUGUAAAACUUUGUUUAAUUAUCGUAUGACUGCCAAGAUAUACAAAUUGUUAAAGGAAAAAACUCAAUAGACUGUGAACUAUUUCUUAAAUUUCUAAAAACCAUUAUGUCAAACUUUUGCAUAUUAUUUUUUAUCAAUGGUUUGGACAUAGGACUAUUUAAUAAUAACUAUUAUUUAUUAUGAUGAAAAACUAUUAAUUUAUGCUAGAUUUAAAUUAAAUUAUAAUGUAAGAUUUGAAUGUUUUUAUUAUUAACUUAUGUACAGUAUUUAAAGCAAAUCUCAUUGCUCAAUUUGUAAAUAUUUGUAGCAACAAUAAUUGUAAUUUUCCUUAAAUUUUUCCAAUUAUUAUUUAUUACUUUAAUACUCAAAUAGUGAUAAUAGCAAGUUCCUUAAUUUUUUGUAUUAUCUGUUUUUUAUUUUUUUUUUUUUUACUUUGUACACACAAUUCUAGUCAAAAUGAGAUGUUUAAAUUAUCCAAUAAGUACUUAAUUACAAUAUAAUUAAAGUUAAUAACAUUGUAAAUCUUUUUUUUUUAAAUUUUUAUAUGCAUUAGAUUAUUUGUCAUAUUACAUUAAGCUUUUAUUCAAUGUUUUAUAUAAGUUUAUCUUCAAUUAUUUAAUACUAAAACAAAUUAAGAUUUAUAGGUCCUUAGUUUUUAUAUUAGCUACUGAACAUGAAAAAAAGCAUAUAAUAUUUUAUUUCACACAAUAAAAACUGAUGAACACAUUA